AUGUCCGGCCUCGAGGCUGUCGGGAUAGCCGCUAGUAUUAUACAGGUCGCCGACCUAGGCACUAAACUAUCCGUGAAACUAUUCUCCUUCUAUCGGCGCGUCAAAAAUGCCAACGACACCGUUCAACUCUUAUCAAACGAGAUCGCACUCGUCAGUGCGAUCUUGCGUGAACUAGGUGACAAUCUGAAAGAAGGGGAGCCCUCGAAGCUAUGCUCGGAUGAGGCAUUUCGCACUCUACGCCUUGUCCUAAAUCAGUGUUGGGAUGUACUGGGACAGAUCCAGAAAGUCGUUGAUACUAAUCACGGGUCGGAUAAAAGUCGAUUCCCGCAUGUCACUGGACGAUUUCGGAUCGUUUUGCUUGAGCCGAAACUGGAUCAGCUAAAGGUUAAUCUGGAAAGGCUAAAGUCUACUAUGUUACUUUUCCUAAAUGUCUUUUUGUACGCGGGCCAGAUUCGCAGCAAUAAUGUUCCAACGUUGGUCCAAGAGCAGCGUGACUUGAUACAAAGUCUGUUGAAAGAUGGAAGCAUCGACCAUCAAAAGCCACGGCAGUCAGAUAAAGCUCCGGGAUCUCCUCGGGGUUUCUUAACAGGAACUACACCCAACAGACCAUCCUAUACCACGACUGGUGGAACCUUCCAUCCAAAGGACAGUGCCAAUACCCACCACAGUCAACCUCCACAGGGUUCAGCGAAAUAUGCAAAUAGCACAGGAGCUCAGACUGGAGCUCAUAGGGCUAGGCAGGGCCAUGGGUCCACUGAGCUGAAGGACUACAAUAUCCUCAUACAAAACAUGCUCGAUGAGGUCGAAUCGUGCCGAAACAGGCUCGAGAAGAACAGACAUUCACGAAUCAAAAAUGGUGUCUUAAACAUCCACUCUGGAGAGAUAAUGCGCUUCCGAAUUGAACACGGGCCUUCGAUCCAGAUUGACCACUCGCUUUUUGCUGAGCAAAACCCAGACAUGUUCCCCAAGCCAAAAUCUUCCAGCUCUCCUUCUUCUUCCCUCGCAGAUUCAGACCACCCAUCACAAUCGACAAGAAUGUCUGGGGACUACUAUAUCAACUCGGACGAAUCGGACUUCUCAAAAACAGACGAAUCCGUCCACAGCCGGAGAGACCACACCUCCUUUCGCCGUCGCUCUAUCAGUCGCCACCGUCACCCAGGAAUACAAGGAGUGGCGUUGUCUCCGCCGCAGCAGUCCGUGCUCCUGCAAUCUGAGCGCAUGCACCGCUCGAUUUCAGAGGGUGGACGACGUCCCCAGCAGAGGCGAGCGGUGAUGAUCUUCGACGAGCAGCGGGAGCCUAAAAGCGAGAACAAGAAAAGCAAUAAGCCACAAGAGGUACAGCAGAAGGUUUAUAGUGACUUUGAUGAGGACAUUUUGCCCUCAUCAUGGCGGCGUGUGGACGGCGUUGUCUCUCGUGAAGAUUCCCCCCACGGCCGCGACUACGAGCUCGUCAUGAGCCAGCGUCCUCUCGAGCGCGAUGAUAAGGGCCGGAAUCUGGAAUUCUUCAAGAACCAGCGAGAGACCGAGCGUCUACAGCGGGAACUUGAGAGGGCGUGUGGAAAGAGUAGUCUACGGCCCUUAUCCCAUGCUCGUGUGUCUCGUCUGCUUGGUGACGAGGAAGAUGGGGAUGGGUAUGAUUCCAGUGAUCGCUUGCGGGCUGAACGUAAGGCCUGGUCUGACAAGGAGCGGGAGAAAGCGUUGCGCCGGUUGCGAUUGAAAAAACUCGAGGAGGAGGAGAAUGGAGGUACUAGCCUGGAGGAAUUGGAGGCGAAGGUGAGAUAUGAGAAGGCAGAGAUGGAGAUCAGGCAGAAGAAAGAGGCAAAAUCGGAGUGGGAGAGAGAGAGGGAAGGAUUGAUGAUGCAGGCUGUCAUGACGGGUAAGCCGACGGUGAAUGAUGAGAAUGAGAAGGAGACGUUUUCGGAGGGUUUCUCGCUGCCAGACAAUCUAGAAGACCUGCUGGCGUUGUGGACUACCCUGAAUAGACAAGAGAUUCUGCGGGGUCGAUUCCUCGCAUUUUAG